CUUGGAAAGUGGGGUGGUGGCUUGGAAGGAGAGAUUUCUGGGCGCCCCCCUCCCUUGUCACACACAUGCACGGGAGCGAAACUGGGUCGAGGUAGUUUUCCUUGGGAUUUGCAUGUCUUUGCAGCCUCGCUCGCUGGUGCGGCGGCAGCCCCGGGGGGAGAAAAGGAGCUGGGGGGGGGUGUUGCUGUGGUGCGGCUGGCUGAUGUAGGGCUCUCUCGUAGGGUCGCUUCCUUUCUUUCUCCUUCCUCUUAAAGUACCGACAGAAGAGGAAGAAAGAGAGUGAAGUCGAAGACAUACAUCCGUAGGAAGCGUCGGGGGAAGGGUGUUUUUUUUUUGGGGGGGGGAAUCCCUGAAAAUGAUCGUCGAUGGCCUCGCGACCGCUCCUUUUCUGGACGAGGGGCAUAAUGAAAACCCUGUUGUCGCCGCUGCCCUGGCUACUUUUUGAAUUUUAUCGGGGGCAACUAGCUUGGACGUAUUCUUCCUGAACUCGUGGAGCAUUUUACGGAAUUACUGCAACGGAGGGAACCUCAUACUGGCUUCUGGUUUUGUUUUGCUUUUCUUUCUUUCUUGGAAAAUCCUGCUCUUAAGAUGGAAAACGAGAUUUUCACACCUCUUUUGGAGGUCUUCAUAUCCAGCCCUCUUGUUACGUGGGUUAAGACAUUUGGACCGUUAGCUGGAGGAAAUCCAACAAACUUGGACGAAUAUGUUGCACUUGUGGAUGGCGUUUUCUUGAAUGAAGUCAUGCUUCAAAUCAACCCUAAGGCAUCUAGUCAAAGAGUAAAUAAGAAAAUCAACAAUGAUGCAUCACUUCGAAUUCAAAAUUUAUCUAUUUUGGUGAAGCAAAUAAAAUCAUACUAUCAGGAGACAUUGCAACAAUUGAUUAUGAUGCCUUUGCCAAACAUCUUGAUAAUUGGCAAAAAUCCCUUUUCAGAGCAAGGCACUGAAGAAGUAAAAAAGCUGCUCCUACUCCUCCUUGGAUGUGCAGUUCAGUGUCAGAAGAAAGAAGAAUUCAUUGAAAGAAUCCAAAGUUUAGACUUUGAUAUAAGAGCUGCUGUUGCUGCCCAUAUACAAGAGGUAACUCAUAAUCAGGAAAAUGUGUUUGAUCUCCAGUGGAUGGAUGACAGUGCUCUGUCACAUGACUGUAUUGAGUCUCUCCUAAAAAAUAUGGCAUUGCAUUUAAAAAGGCUUAUAGAUGAACGAGAUGAGCAUUCUGAGACUAUCAUAGAACUCUCUGAAGAACGAGACUCUCUUCAUUUUCUACCUCAUGCAUCAGCAGCACAAUCACCUUGUGGAUCUCCAGGCAUGAAGCGCACUGAAAGUAGGCAGCACUUAUCAGUGGAACUAGCAGAUGCCAAAGCAAAGAUCAGAAGGCUUAGACAAGAGCUUGAGGAGAAGACUGAACAGUUACUGGAUUGUAAGCAAGAACUGGAACAAAUUGAAGCUGAAUUGAAAAGACUGCAACAAGAGAAUAUGAAUUUGCUUUCAGAUGCCCGUUCUGCCAGGGUGUACCGUGAUGAACUUGAUGCUCUCAGAGAGAAGGCAAUCAGGGUUGACAAGCUUGAAAGUGAAGUCAGUCGGUAUAAGGAGAGGCUACACGAUAUUGAAUUCUACAAGGCUAGAGUAGAGGAGCUAAAAGAAGAUAAUCAAGUACUGCUAGAAACAAAGACAAUGUUGGAAGAUCAGUUGGAGGGAACCCGAGCCCGUUCUGAUAAACUGCACGAACUGGAAAAGGAAAACUUACAGUUAAAGGCAAAACUUCAUGAUAUGGAAACGGAACGUGAUAUGGACCGGAAGAAAAUUGAGGAACUUAUGGAGGAAAAUAUGACACUUGAAAUGGCUCAGAAGCAAAGUAUGGAUGAAUCACUGCAUUUGGGCUGGGAACUUGAACAAAUAAACAGAUCAUCCGAACUUUCUGAAGCGCCACGAAAGUCACUUGGUCAUGAAGUGAAUGAACUGACAUCAAGUAGGUUACUGAAACUAGAAAUGGAAAACCAAAGUUUGCUAAAGACUGUGGAAGAGUUGCAAAAUGCAGUGGGAUCUGCAGAAGGCAGCAGUUCAAAAAUGCUGAAAAUGGAAAAGGAAAACCAAAGACUAAGUAAAAAGCUGGAAGGACUUGAGAAGGAACUUUCUGAAGAGAAACAAGGUCUUCAGAAUAGUCAGAAUCUUAGCAAAGAUCUAAUGAAAGAGAAAGCCCAACUUGAAAAGACUAUUGAGACUCUAAGAGAAAACUCAGAGAGACAGAUUAAAAUCCUGGAACAAGAGAAUGAGCAUUUGAAUCGAACAGUGGCUUCCCUCAGACAGCGUUCACAAAUCAGUGCUGAAGCAAGAGUGAAAGAUAUUGAAAAGGAAAAUAAAAUUCUCCAUGAAUCUAUUAAAGAGACAAGCAGUAAAUUAAAUAAGAUAGAAUUUGAAAAGAAGCAACUGAAGAAAGAGUUAGAGCAUUAUAAAGAGAAGGGAGAAAGAGCAGAUGAACUGGAGAAAGAAGUUCAACAUCUUGAAAAAGAAAACGAACUAUUACAGAAAAAGAUUACCAACUUAAAGAUUACAUGUGAAAAAAUAGAUUCCUUAGAACAAGAGAACUCAAGUCUAGACACUGAAAACAGAAAGCUGAAAAAGGCUCUAGAUAGUCUUAAAAAUCUCAGCUUUCAAUUAGAGUCAUUAGAGAAAGAGAACACACAACUUGAUGAAGAGAAUUUAGAGCUCAGAAGAACAGUUGAAACUUUGAAAAGUACAAAUAUCAAGAUGGCUCAGUUAGAGCUAGAAAAUAAAGAACUGGAAAGUGAGAAAGGACAGCUUCAAAAGAGCCUGGAUCUUAUGAAAACUUCUUUUAAGAAGACCGAACGCUUAGAAGUAAGUUAUCAGGGUUUGGAUACAGAAAACCAAAGACUGCAGAAAGCCCUAGAAAACACCAACAAAAAGAUUCAGCAUCUAGAAAGUGAACUACAGGAUCUAGAGACGGAAAAUCAAACCUUACAAAAAAACCUGGAAGAACUCAAAAUCUCUAGUAAACGCUUAGAAAAAUUAGAAAAAGAGAACAAGCUUUUGGAACAAGAGACCUCUCAGCUAGAAAAAGACAAGAAACAGCUGGAAAAAGAGAACAAGAGGCUUCGACAACAAGCAGAUAUUAAGGACAGCACAUUAGAAGAGAAUAAUGUAAAAAUUGGUGAUCUGGAAAAAGAGAACAAGUCACUCGUUAAGGAAAUUGGUAUAUGUAAAGAAGCUUCUAUUCGUUUAAAAGAGAUUGAAAAGGAAAAUAAAGAGCUUGUAAAAAGAGCCACCAUUGACAAGAAAACACUUGUCACAUUACGGGAGGAUUUGGUGAAUGAAAAACUGAAGACACAGCAGAUGAAUAAUGAUUUAGAAAAGCUUACACAUGAACUUGAAAAGAUAGGUUUAAAUAAGGAGCGCCUCUUGCAUGAUGAGCAGAGUUCAGAUGAUAGCAAAUACAAGCUACUGGAGUCAAGAUUAGAAUCCACAUUGAAAAAGUCACUUGAAAUAAAAGAAGAAAAAAUUGCUGCUUUGGAAGCUCGAUUAGAAGAAUCAACAAAUUUAAAUCAACAACUGCGCCAGGAACUUAAAACAGUGAAAAAGAAUUAUGAGGCCCUCAAGCAAAGACAAGAGGAAGAGAAAAUGGUACAGAAUUGUUCGUCAAAAACUGAUGAAGAAAGUUUGUCUGUCAAUAAAUGGGAACGAGAGAGCCAAGAAACUACUAGAGAACUUUUAAAGGUUAAAGAUAGAUUGAUUGAAGUUGAGAGAAAUAACGCAACUCUGCAGGCAGAGAAGCAAGCCCUGAAAACACAACUAAAGCAGCUUGAGACGCAGAACAAUAAUGUGCAAGCUCAGAUUGUGGCACUUCAGAGACAGACUGUUUCCUUACAGGAGCAAAAUACAACGCUGCAAACUCAGAAUGCCAAGCUUCAGGUAGAAAAUUCUGCUAUUAAUUCGCAAAGUACAUCUCUUAUGAAUCAGAAUGCACAAUUGCUGAUUCAGCAGUCUACCUUGGAAAAUGAAAAUGAGUCCAUAAUCAAGGAACGUGAGGAUCUGAGAUCGCUAUAUGAUUCACUCAUCAAAGAUCAUGAAAAACUGGAACAGCUUCAUGAACGGCAAGCUACUGAAUAUGAAUCUCUAAUUUCCAAACAUGGAAACCUUAAGUCAGCACACAAGAAUCUUGAGGUGGAACAUAAGGACUUAGAAGACAGAUACAAUCAAUUGCUGAAACAAAAAGUGCAAUUAGAAGAACUGGAAAAAGUUCUCAAAGCAGAACAAGAGAAGAUGCUACAGCAAAACAAAAAGCAUGAAACAGUAGCAGCGGAAUACAAAAAGCUUUGUGAGGAAAAUGACAGAUUGAAUCAUACAUAUACCCAGCUUUUGAAAGAAAAUGAAAUUCUCCAAAUGGAUCAUAAGAAUUUGAAAACAUUACUGAACAGUUCUAAACUGGAACAAACAAGGCUGGAAGCUGAAUUUUCCAAACUCAAAGAGCAGUACCAACAGCUGGAUAUUACGUAUACAAAACUGAAUAAUCAGUGUGAGUUGCUUAGCCAGCUAAAAGGAAAUUUGGAAGAAGAAAACAGACACCUGUUGGAUCAAAUACAGACAUUAAUGCUGCAAAACAGAACGUUAUUAGAGCAGAAUAUGGAAAGCAAAGAUCUGUUCCACGUUGAACAAAGGCAGUAUAUUGACAAGCUAAAUGAAUUGAGAAGACAAAAAGAGAAAUUGGAAGAAAAGAUUAUGGAUCAGUAUAAAUUUUAUGAACCAUCUCCUCCGAGAAGGAGAGGUAAUUGGAUUACUCUGAAAAUGAGGAAACUGAUAAAAUCAAAGAAGGAUAUUAACCGAGAACGCCUCAAGUCUCUAACUCUGACACCAACCCGCUCAGAAUCUAGUGAAGGAUUUCUUCAGCUGCCACAUCAGGACAGUCAAGAUAGUUCCUCGGUGGGCUCAAAUUCCCUGGAAGAUGGUCAGACCGUGGGGGCUAAGAAAAGCAGCAUGGUUGCACUGAAAAGACUGCCCUUUUUGAGGAACAGACCGAAGGAAAAAGACAAAAUGAAGGCCUUCUACCGUCGCUCCAUGUCCAUGAAUGACCUGGUGCAGUCCAUGGUCCUAGCAGGAGGACAAUGGACAGGUAGUUCUGAGCAUCUGGAGGGUCCUGAUGAUAUAUCUACGGGUAAAAGGAGAAAAGAAUUGGGAUCUAUGGCCUUCUCUACUACAUCCAUCAACUUUGCAACUGUCAACUCUGCUGCAGGCUUGAGAUCCAAGCAGUUGCUUAAUAAUAAAGAUGCUACAUCUUUUGAAGAUGUAAGUCCACAAGGAAUUAGUGAUGAUUCUAGUACAGGAUCAAGAAUUCAUGCUUCCAGACCAGCCAGCCUUGAUAGUGGCAGAACAUCCACUAGCAAUAGCAAUAAUAAUGCCUCACUCCAUGAAGUCAAAGCAGGCACAGUUACUAACCAAAGCAGGCCACAAAGCCACAGCAGUGGAGAAUUUAGCCUGCUUCAUGAGCAUGACGCAUGGUCCAGCAGCAGCAGCAGUCCCAUCCAGUAUUUGAAAAGCCAUGCCAGGUCUAGCCCCAUGCUCCAUCCUAAAAUGUCAGAAACAAUGGAUAGACAAGGAACGCACAGAAUUAAAACGGACUCCCCUGGGAGUGAAGUGGUUACUCUGCAGCAGUUCUUGGAAGAAAGUAAUAAAGGGACUUCGGCUGAGCUCAAGUCCUCAAGCCAAGAUAAUCUUUUGGAUGAAGUGAUGAAAUUUUUUUCUGAAAAUGCUGAAUUAGUCGGAAGAGAUAAAUUAAGAAAGCAGUCAUCAGGCAGCGGUGGUAUUGCCAGAUCACAGAGUGUGAAAAACACAAUGGAGUUCUCUGAUGGAAAGUCAGCUAAACAAGGACACCUUACAAGGCCCAGCUUGCGUAGAAUGGAAGAUGCCAACUUUGCAAACUCUUCAAAAACACUUACAGCAGGCACUAAAGGAAGGGCCAGGUCUGUUAAAGAAAGUGUACAAUCACAACGACAAUCAAAAGAUUGUAAUCCUUAUGUGACUUUACCUCGUGCAAGCAGUGUGAUUUCGACUGCAGAAGGAACUACUCGGAGGACAAGCAUCCAUGAUUUUUUGUCUAAGGACACUAGGCAGCCAGUAUCAAUUGAUCCAACUCCACCUACAGGUGACAGAAGCGUCCCAUCAGCUUCUAGUGAGUACAACCCCCAGCAACACUCCUCUGUUUUUCAUUAUCCCCCUUUUCCUUCAGUUACCUCGUCAGAAAAUGACUUGGGUAGGAUAGCCACGCUAGAUAGUUCUACAUGUAAAUCAGAAAAGGCUAGGAGUUCAAGAACAGGCAAGACAAAUUUUAUUACUGAAACAUUUUCUUGUAGUAAUGUGUACGAUGAGAAAAUGGGCACAUCAACAAGCAUUAUAGGUAAGUUGUCUGCAGUCCGUUUGUCCAGGCCAUUUUUGGCACUCAACACCGAAUUAGUCAGCAAUGUUAGUGGACUGCCCCAAAUGCCUGUAUCAAAGACAACUGAUAAGACAUUUGAUUCAUCUGUGAAAUCUCCACAGAAUGAUCACAAACUACCUUCUGAGAAUCAGAAAUCAUCUGAUGGCAGAAAUGUAGAGAUGAAUCAGAAUAGCGGUGAAUCUACACCACUUACCCAUUCAAAUGCUAGUGAUAGUAAAAUACCAUCACCCGUUUCUGAAGAUACUCAGACUGUUUGGUAUGAAUAUGGUUGUGUAUGAUAAACAUAUAUAAUAUUAAGUAAAUCUCUGCUACACAUUGUGGAUGUUCUUGUUAAUGUUAAUAGAUUUAGACUAUAUUUAAAUUUACUAGCCAUGAUAGUAACUAGGUGUACAUAGUUUUUCUCGAAAUGGAGAUGGAGAAUUCACCUUUACCCCCUUAGCAUGUGAAUGAAUGUACAAUUGUAACCAUGCCAAAGCUUGCAUGAAACAUUAACUGCACUGUAUAAUUUCUGCAUGCCUUUUAAAAGCCUUAAUAAUAAAAGCUAACUGUAUUUUAUUUUCUAUUUGUUAUAAAUAUUUUAUUUUCUAUACAUUACUGGAUGCAUGCUAACCAGUUGCAUGGUGCUGUGCCAGGAACAGCACAAAAAAACAGGUAACUUUCAGCAACAGUACAUUCAGUUUUUCUUCCUUUCAGAGUCCACAUUAUCAUGUAGAUUAUACAUUUUGGACUCAAUUCGACUAAAGCUAGUUGUGACUGAUGUAAAAUUAAUGGAACCAACUCGGUUGUAACUGACUCAAGUCUCAUUGCCUAGUGGCUUACAGAUCAGUUAUAUUCAUGUUUACUUGGAAGUAAGCCCCACUUUUGACUUACUUCCUAGUAGGUGUGUUUGGAAUUACAUCUUAGCUUUGACAAGCUUUAGCUGGAUUGGGGCCUUUUUGUAUCAGUGUCCUUUCCCUGUUUUGCUGGUGAAAAAAUGCAGGAGGCCCCUCUGCACCUCUAGCUUUUUACUUUGGACAUAUACAAAUUCUACUUAAUAAAUGAGCCAUUCUCGAAAUAGUGACUAUAGUUUGCACACUGAAUGUGUACCGUUCAUGCUGAUAAAACAUCAAGGUUUGGAAGCCUAAACAGUGGGCCUUUUCUGUUUAAUGAUACAUAACUAAAUGUAGUUUCGUUGGAAAAGUUGACCCUCUUCAUCUUUCCCUUUUAUGUGCUUUUCCCGUCCCAUGCUUGAUGUAUUUACAUGGUCAUGGUGUUGUCUCGUCGAUAGAGCUUUAUCUGAAUCUUUAUUAUAUAGCUUUUAAUGGAUUUUUACAGUGUAUUAAAAUAAAAAAUAAACUGGUA